AUGAAGGUCAAAAAAUAUAAUUUUUUUGAAGUAAGUAUUUAAUUAAAAUUUAGAAUCAAAUAAGCAAGCAAUAUUAUAAAUUAAAAUAAAUUAUUAAAAAAUUAAAAAUAAUGAAUUAGAGAAAAUAUAAAAAAAUGAGAACCAAAAAUAAACUCAAGCUCAGAGAUGAAGUAUCUACAGAGAUUGAAUAAUUUAGUAAAGAAAAGAUAAUUUUAAAAAGAUUAGCGGAAAAUCACAAAAUUGAAUAUUUAGUUCAAAAUUAAAAAUAAGAAAUAUGGAGAAGAAGUGAUGAUAUAAACAUAGAAUUAAUUAACUAUUAUGAAGAGAACCAAAGAAAAUCUCCAAAAAUUUUAGGUAAAUCCUUAAUUCGAAUUUGUGAUCUUGAAGUGAAGAAUGAUUAAAAAUAUUUGAAAGUUUAACUAGAAGGAGACAAUUAACUUUAACUAUUUCCCUAUUCAUUUAUGAAGCUUCACGUUCCUCAUUAAUUAGUCCAAUUUUUACUUUCGAUUUAUAAUCCAUAUAUGUGA